AUGGAUAUGAAGUUGAAUAUUCCACCAAUUGUUUUAUACUUAGUGUUGACUAUUUCUGGUACAGCUCAAUCAGUUGGCAUCGAUAUAAAAAAAUUUGGCGGAAUACCAGAUGCAGAUAUAACACAGGCUUUCACGGAUGCUUGGAAAGUAGCAUGUGCAUCAACAAGUGCAAGCAAAAUUUUAAUUCCAAAUGGGACAUACAAGAUGAAAGCAGUUGAUGUAAAAGGUCCUUGUAUGGCUCCCAUUGAAAUUCAGAUUGAUGGCACAAUUCAAGCACCGGCUGACCCAAAUGCACUAGACGGGGCUAAGCAAUGGGUCAAAAUUGGAUAUGCUAACUUUAUUACCUUAUCAGGUAAAGGUAUUUUUGAUGGUCAAGGUGCAAUUGCUUGGAAACAAAAUGAUUGUAGAACUAACACGAAUUGCAAGAUACCUUCCAUGAAUUUUGGUUUCAAUUUCGUGAAUCAUUCAAUGGUUCGGGGCAUAACUUCUAAGGACAGCAAAAGCUUCCAUGUCAUUCUUUUUGGAUGCUACAACUUCACAUUUGAUGGCUUUCACAUCAGUGCUCCAGAGACUAGUAUCAACACUGAUGGAAUUCACAUUGGAAAAUCGACUGAUGUGAAAAUUCUUAACACCAACAUUGCCACCGGAGAUGAUUGCGUCUCACUGGGAGAUGGCAGCAUACAUGUAACUGUCCAAAAUGUGAAUUGUGGACCUGGCCAUGGCAUUAGUGUUGGAAGCCUUGGCAAGUACACGAACGAAGAGCCUGUGAAAGAUCUUUUAGUCAAAAACUGCACUUUGACAAAUACUGAGAAUGGUGUGAGGAUCAAGACUUGGCCUAAUUCUUCACAAACUUAUCUUGUCACUGAUAUGCAUUUUGAAGAUAUUACCAUGGUUGAUGUCUUGAAUCCGGUGAUCAUAGACCAAGAGUAUUGUCCUUGGAAUCAUUGCCCAAAACAGAGUCCAUCAAAAAUAAAGAUACGCAAGGUUUCCUUCUCGGAUAUUAAGGGCACUUCAAAAAGCAAGGAAGGAGUGAUUUUUAUAUGUAGCAAAGCUGUACCAUGUGAGGACGUGGAACUAAAUAAUGUUGCUCUUACAUUCAAAGGAGAUCCAAUAGUUGCUAAAUGUGCUAAUGUCAGGCCCAAAUUUGCAGGAAAAGCUCCUCCUUGCACCGCUUAA